GAAUUUCUGACCUCAUGUCGCACAAAUAGCACAAUCACUCUCAUAUAUAAAAACCCCCACCUCACCACAAACUUUCCCGUCACUCGUUUUCUUCCAAAUCUUCAACUAACAACAAUAACGACGACAAUCUAAAAUGCUUCCUCGAACCGUCUUACAACGUGUUGCUGCUAAGCAAGUCGCUCGACGAUCCUAUGCUACUGCAGGCAGUAACGUCGCCACUGGUCCAGGUGGCACCAGUGGUGGUCCCGCUGGCGGCCCCAACAAGAACGGUGGUGGUAAUGGUGGACUUAUUAUGGGCGUUGCCCUCGGUGGUGCUGUCGCUGCUUAUCUUUACAAAAAGAGUCAAGAAGGAGGAGGAAACGCAGAACGAAACUCUGCAAAGCUGAGAGAAGCAGUCGGCGACAAAUCUGCAGAAGCCCAAGGCUAUGUCGAUGCUGUAAAGACCAAGGCCAGUGACGAAUACGAAAACGCCAAGGAAGCUGCAGGCGACAAGGCUUCCGAAGCCCAGAAAUAUGCGGAUGAAGCCAAGUCCAAGGCCAGCAAUGAGUACUCCAAUGCAAAGAAGGCAGCCAAUGACAAGGCUUCCGAAGCUGAAGGUUACGUCGACUCUGUAAAGAACAAGGCUAGCGAUGAAUACGCCAACGCAAAGAAGACUGCGAACGACAUGGCUUCUGAGGCUGAAUCUGAAGCGCAAGGCUACGUGGACGUCGCAAAAGAAAAAUUGAAUAGCACUACAGAUUCUGCAAAAGAAACAGCAGCCGAUACUGCCGCACAAGCACGAGGCUAUGUCGAUGCAGCAAAGACCAAAGUCAACGACACAGCAGAGGCCGCUAAGGAAUAUGUAGGAGGAAAGAAAUAAAUAAAUUAAAAGAAGACAGAAAGCAAAUGUACAUAGACAAACAAUAUUCCUCUUGGAAUCAAGACAAUUCUUUUCGCUUUAUUAUUCUUUGCAGGCGAUCUUGGUGUUUUGUGUGUGUGUGUGUGUAUAAUU